AUGGAGGGGGAGGAGGAGAAGCUCGGAAGAUGUUCUGUGCUCAUGAGGCAGAUGGCUCUCGCCAUCGUCGAAAUCUUGCUGUCGAUCCUGCUCUUCAGCCCUGAGCUCAUCAUCGGGGUCGUGCGCCUCGUCCGUGGAUCCUGGGCCCAGGUGACUGGAACGCAGAACUGGCAGCCGCAGGAUGCUGUGGAGAAAGAAGUCCAGCAGAAUUUGAGCUUCUUCUACGUUUUCAAGAAAACGUGGCUCGUCUUCGCCUGCGGUGUGGCAUACCUGGUAUACGCGAUUAUCUUUGGCAUCCACGAUGCUUUGGUCUUCCUCCUCAUCAUCUCGUGGGUGGGCUAUCCUUUCACAACAUAC